CAAGAAUCGGUGUUGCAGUCCUCUCUGACGUCGAAGCUUCUCUGUUUCUUCUGCACUUUCUUUUCUUGUUUACAUUUACAUUACACUUUAGACUUUACAAACAUUAUUAUAAUUACAACACACACACAACUUUGAAUUUAUCAUUUCUCAUUUCUCAUUUCUUCAUCAAAUCUAAUUCUCAUCUUCGCUUCACUUCUUCUCCCUUCAGAUUAUCUUAUCAGUUGCACAGGAAAUUGAUUCUUAGUACCAACUGCGAUGCGUGCACCGGCAAUACUUGCACAAUGCUUGCCUGGCCUAGUGCCUUAUGAUCGUGGAAGUCUCAACCUAUCCUCCAUUCCUGAGAAAGAUAUUCAUCUCCCAUCACUAGCAGUGGAGAUUCUUCCUUCAAAGGCAUUUCUCACAGACAAGGAAGCCGGGGAAAAUGUUGACCAUUUUAAGGGAAUAGUAAGUGUUGCUGAUAUGAUAGGGUUGAGUGGUUCAGAGACAAUAUCCUCAAGAGCAGAUGGCUAUCUGAAAUCCUGGGCCAGUUCCGUUGAUCUUGUCAGUGUUCUCAAGAAUGAGAUUCGUGAUGGGCAACUGACCUUCAGAGGAAAAAGAGUACUUGAGCUCAGUUGCAACUAUGGACUUCCUGGAAUCUUUGCUUGCUUGAAGGGAGCUUCCAUGGUGCAUUUUCAAGAUCAGAAUGCUGAAACUGUAAGAUGCACAACUAUACCGAAUGUCAUUGCUAAUCUCAAGCAAGCUCAUGAUAGGCAGAGUAGACAGCCAGAGUCUCCCCUUACUCCUUCAAGACAGGCUCUGGCACCAUCAGUUAACUUUUAUGCUGGAGACUGGGAAGAAUUACCUGCUGUGUUGUCUACCGUGAAAAAUGAUGGAUAUGAAGUGACACCUGGAAUGAGUUUGAGCUUCUCUGAGGAAGAUUUUCUGGAUGGUUGCAGUAGCCAAGAUGGUAGCAUCAUUGGACACGAAUCUAGUUCCAGAAGGUUUAGGAAACUCUCAGGAAGUCGAGCAUGGGAAAGAGCUAAUCAGGCGAAUCAGGUGGAUGGUGGCUAUGAUGUUAUUUUAAUGGCAGAGAUUCCUGACUCUGUUACCUCUUUGAAGAAGCUGUAUGCUCUCAUUAAGAAGUGUUUAAGGCCUCCAUAUGGGGUGGUAUAUCUAGCUCCAACUAAGAAGCACUAUGUUGGCUUUAGUAAUGGAGUAAGACAGCUGAGAAAUCUGGUAGAUGAAGAAGGCAUUUUUGGAGUGCAUUUAGUUAAGGAUUUGAAUGACAGAGAUAUCUGGAAGUUCUUUCAUAAGUGAACAAGAAUUCAAAUAUCAGGUGGUCUAUCAUAGCACCCUUCAGAGAAAAAAAUCUAGACAACAUACAUACUUUUAUACUCUGAAUCACAAGCAUUCUUUUGUUUUUUAAAUUCAUAAUCUCAAUUUUUCUUAUAGCUUAGUAAUAAUGAAGGUCUGAAUGUAGAAUCAGUUGACGUGCAUAUUCAAUGCAGAGCUGUCUCAUUCAAUUCUUUUGCACACUUAUAUCGUUCAAAAAGAAACUCACGUGUUGUAAUUGUAAAUCAAAGCGAUACAUUGAAAUAAAUAGUACUAUAUUCUUUUGCA